CGGCACGAGAUACCGAUACCUUCCUUCACCCUCAACGAGCCCGGCAGCAAGUACGGCGAAGACACCACCCCCCUUCAAAACGCCUCAGUCGUCGCCAUGAACGGCAACGCCACGCUACCGCCCAGGUCGGACUCGCUGGUGGCAUCCCAGGACGCAUGGACGGCGGUGCCGGCUUCGCAAGGCAUGAGGCCACGUCCCGCCACGAUUCACGAAGGGUUCUCAUUCUGCGUUGGAGGAGGGUUUGAUGGCUUGCCAGCGUGGGACACUCAGGUGUUGCAGCAGAUGCAACCACCCAACGACAUCAUGUCGUCCCGACCUUUCUCAGUUCAUCACCAGAACUUUUAUCCCACCACUACUAUGGACAACAGUGAGUAUCUCGCCGAGUACAGGGCGACCCACGACCUAACGUAUUCGUCAGAUACCUGGGUCCAGAAGCCAUGCGACAGCAACCUGGACAUGCCCGGCUUUGAUUCCGAGAUGAUUGGGCAGGCAUACACGACCGAUGAGGCGAUUCCGAUCCUGGAUCUUCGUACCUCCGGCCCACCACCGCCGCCUAUGGAGGGCGAGCCGAUUCCAUUUGACCCAGGAAACCCGCGCAGGAUGUCCGGCUCUUCCUUUACCGUCUCUACCUCGGGAGGCCUUUCGGAGAUGACCUCGUACGAAGAGUUUUCGGCCGCGCUUUCGGAUGCGCCCUCGCUCACGUCGGAUUACCCGCCGCCGUCUAACCGAACGUCCAUGAUUUCGUCAACCCACUUGUCUCCCGUCGCGUCGCCUAGGAUAACGCCACACGGCCGGUCCGAGCUGGUAAGGACACAGAGCAGGGGGAGGGCUUCGCCGUCGCCACGCCCCGGCGUACGCGCUGCGCCGUAUUCGGUCGAGGGCGCAAGGAACAAGAGGUGGUCAACGGGGUCUUAUGGCACGAACAGCAACCGGAGACCGUCUGGGUAUGUCUAUCACCACCCGCACGAGGCCUACAACAUCCAUGGCCAUGCUCUCCCUCACGCCCACGCCAUCCCUCGGCUCCCAUCGCGCCACUCCUCGCCCACGAUCGCCCAGGCCCAGCUUCCCCUGAGCUUCGGCAACCUUCAGGCCGCGCAACAGAACCCUUACCUAUACAGCAACGCGCCCGCAUACCCUCGGAGUAGCAUGUUAGUCCCGGCUCCGCUUCCGUCGCAAGCUUUCCACCCGGAGCCGGCACAUCACCAUCCGUUCGAGAACCCGCCCCCUCUGCUCUCGCAUCCUCUCUUCCGGAUGCUCCAGAGCAACGCCGACCCGCACACCCUCCACAGCCAUUACGCGGACCUUUCCGACCCGCCCGACCUGUAUGCCUCGCUGAACGAAGAGCAGAUCCCUCCGCCGCCAGAGGACAUGAACCCGACUGAUCCGGACCUCGUCCCGCACGAGCAGGAGCUUAGGUUCGAGGGCGACCUGUACACACCGCGGUGGGUGCGCGGGCACGGGAACAAGAGGGAAGGGUGGUGCGGGAUUUGCAAACCAGGACGCUGGUUGGUGCUUAAGAACUCGGCGUUCUGGUACGACAAGAGCUUCACGCAUGGCAUCAGCGCCGCGACGGGAAAUCCGUUCCAAGAACCGCAGGAGACCAGGCGCAUGGAUGGGAACCCGGAUGUGUGGGAAGGACUCUGCGGAAGCUGCAAUGAGUGGAUUGCGCUGGUCAGCAGCAAGAAGAAAGGGACUACGUGGUUCAGACAUGCUUAUAAGUGCCAUACCCAUCCCAAGAUCAAGGACGCGCCCAAGCGCCGGAGGGAGAGCAACAACACGCGCUCGCUGGCGGCCGCCAACAUGGCCAAGCCCGGGCCGCGACCGGAGCCUGUCACGCCGCACACGGCGACUGCUCAGGUCGUCUCAGGUAGCGCAACACCAACGCCGGCCAAGAGUCAGCCGUCUGGACAGAUGCUACAGCCUCCUCCAGCGCAGCAACAGCAGAGCCAGCAGCCGCCGCACCACAACCAAGAACAAAUCCAACAAACCCAGAUCCCGCACACCCCACACAUCCCACCGCCGCAGAUCCAGCUGCAACCGCCGCCCAUGCCGCCUCAUCGUGCGCGCGCUCUCCCACCUCAGCUACACACUCAAGUAGCCACGGCACCACCGCCGCGGGCGUCGUCGCUUUUGAGUCCCAACCACGGCGGUGUGCCGGAGAACUUGUCGGCCAUCUCGGGUAUUUCGGGCGUGAAUGGGAUUCCGGGGGUGGAUGGGUUUCAGAAUAUGAUCUGA